AGGGUCUGUGUAAGUAGCUCCGCUAUUGCCUUCGUGUACCACACGGACAAACGAUUGUCAAUGGACUAUUUGAGACGGAUUUCAGUCGGCUUCUGCGACGGCUGCCUGCGUUUAGGGGGUCUGGGUUUUUUUUUUUACUUGUUUGCAACCAGAUUCCUAUCCGGAUUGAAAGGAAAGCAACAAAGAAAAGGACUCAUUUCGAAACAAACAAAAAAAUGCCGUGAGUCUUGAAGUUUAGUGGAUUUCGUGUGUUUGUCGGUUCUUCUAUUUUUGCAGCCGGUUGCUCUCACUCAAUUUAUAGUCGAUAGUGUACUCUUGGACUUGGCUUUAACGAGAGUGGUACAAUAUUUAGAUAAAGUAGGCUGAAAAUGUAGCUACUCGGAAUGUACCACCAGUGAAACCGAAGUUGUGCGUGCCGUGGGUUUGAAUUAUCUAAGGGAUUCAUAUUGAAUAUAACCUAUUUAUCUGUGAGCAGAGCUCCAGACGUUAAGCAAGAGCGGAUUCAUUCCAGCUGCGGAGCCUUUUAUGUUUGUAAAUCAUUUCACGUUUAAUUAUAAGCUGACAGAGCCUAUCCCCCGAGGAAAAACUAGUACAAUUCUGUAACUUUGAGACUUUUAAUGCAUGUUUUUAAUCCACGUGGAGCAUAGCAUGAUUUUAUAUGGAGCGUAUCUUACUUUAAUCUUUUAUAUCAUAUAAUAUCAUAGUCCCAGUUUGACAAGAUAAUUGGCUCACAUUUCAACACAUAUCAUAGGCCAUAGUGGCUCCCUCUCUCCAGAGACUACAGCCAAGUAUUUUUCUUUUUCACAUGGGAUCAUUGCAAGUCUUUAGUACGUUUUCUUGUUUUCUUCCAUGCCCGUUCUGUGGUCCACUGUAAGCACAGUGGACCUCAGUCUAUAAACUUAUCAGGGACCUGCGGGCAUGGGAGAAGCGACCCCCGCUCAGUCUGCUGCAGGGACAUACGUACCCAUGUUGGGUGUUGGUUUAGGAGCUAUGCCCGGUGGGGUCAGCAACGGGCCGGUGGUGGCCAGCUCGAGGAGCUCCACAGUGCCACAGCUGCACAACGCCAUAGUUGAGCGUUUACGCGCCCGGUUAGAGACGUGCAGGAGGCACCAUUCUACCUGCGCGGACCGCUAUCAGAGAGGUCAGGCCGAGAGCACAGACCGGGAGCACGAGAGUACGCUUCAGCUGCUCAGCAUAGUCCACCAAGGUCCUGGGAACCGUAAAGCAAAAGGUAGCCGGGGAUCGAACCAGCAACCUCCAGACUACAGCAGGGCUAACGGAGAGCAAAAGGGGUCAGAUGGCGAGCAGAAGAUCCCCACACGCAUAGCGAUUCAUGGAUCUUUGCGAAGGAAGAUUGAGGGGCAUGCCCCAGGACAAAUACCAAAGCAAAAUGGCCUCUCCUGUGGUUUCCCUGGAUCAGACUUUAAGCGGGUCCGUGUGGACCACAACUUAACCCAGUCCCAUUCUCUGCAGGGCUCCUCAACCAUGGGCAUGCAGAGGAAGAAUUACAUGAUGCCUCAUGCACUGGGGUCAGACAUAUUCAACAUGACCCUGAAAGAAAUGAAGAAAGAGCCCUGUGAGAUCCAGUCUUGUGACCAGUCAAAUGCAGAGAUGAUGUUUGACUUCAAAGAUGAAGGUCAGAUUGAUCCAGAACUCCAGGAUCUCUUUGAUGAACUGACAAAGACGGUGCCUACACUGAAUGACCUGGAGUUUGAAAAGAUGCUAAAGCAGGAUGAUACAUUUGGCUUGGAUCUAGGACGGCCAAGCUCGGCGGGAGCAGCUGCCAGUCUCUGCUCUCCACUGGAGAAGCCGAUAAAGACAGAGCACUCACCAGAUUUUGGGCAGGCUCAUUGUGGCUCACCACAGCUUCGACCGGCUUCUGCAGGGCCCACUUUCACAUUGACCAGCACGUCUUCAACCACCACAUCGCAAAAAGCUAACACUCAGGCAGGACACCCAAGGAUGCCCUGCUGGCCUGAAAUAUCUCACGCAGAGCAGCUAAAGCAGAUGGCAGCAAACCAGCAGCAACCGAAUUCUCUUCUCCAUCACCACCACCAAACCCCACCUGUGGCCCUGACCAGCUGGGCUCCUUCCAUGAGCACCCACUCCUCCACCAGCACCUUCCCUCAAGACAAUGUCUCUAGCCCACUCCCACUCAACCAGCAGAGGAUUGGCUCUCACAAUAAAGGGAUCAACAACUGUCUCUUCAAAUCAACCAGCCACAAUGGCUCCAAUCAUUUGGACAUGAAGGUUCUCAGCACCAAGCCUACACUGCAUUUCAGCCCCAAAGUACCCCAUUCUGCCAGCCAGCCCAUGUCUAUCAUGACAAACCCAGUGAACAAGACAGAGCAGCAGCAACAGUCACCUUCACCGGGCCCACAUCAGCCACACUCAGGUCUCCAUUUCCAGAACCAACAAAUCCCCACAUCAGGAGCCCUUUGUCUGCAAACCAAGACUGCUCAUGGAGGGCUGCCUUUCAGACCGUCACAGCAGCGGCAGGGUGUUCCUGCUGGUCCAAGGCUGCCCACUAAUGGAAGCUUAGGAGUCAUGUCAGCCCAGUCACAGCCACGACCCCCGGCCCCAAACAACCAGCAGAAAGGGCCUCCAAAAACACAGGCCAUGCAAAGACAGCUCAACCAACCGCAGCACACCAUCUGCAAUUCAGAUAAAGACAACACACAUGAUCAGUUUAGUCGUCACCUGACAAGACCACCGCCAGAUUACAAGCAGUCAAGAAGUAUAGCUGGAGUUCAGCAGGGAAACAUCUUCCCAGGUCAAAACUCCUCCCAGUGUCCUAACAGUGGCCCUGAGAAGACCCUGCAGUCUUGUCACCUUGCAGUUGGUUCUGCUUCAAAGAUGAGUGCUUCACCAUCAGAACGCAGAUUUGCUAUUGGGACAGACUGUCACCCCAGUUCUUGUGUUAGCCAAUGCCAGCAGCAAAACAGUCACAGUCAAAUUCGACUGAAUCCGAGUAAACCCAGGUUCCAGGGCCCAAACACACAAGGAAAGUCUUUUGGGAUAAACAGUGUGGCAGGUGUACAGCACCAGAGAUCGACACCUCACUUGCGUCCCUCUGUGCCAGGACAGGGUGUCGGAGGCUUGGUGACAAAUGUCAACAUGGGCUGGGGUUCAGCCAACAAGCAAGUGACACCUGGACUCUGUAUUAGGCAGCUACACCCACUACAGUCCCAGGGUGUGCAGGACUUGCCGAACCAUCCAUUCCAACAGAGACACAUUGCCCCUCCCAACCAGGUAGCACCAGACAUCAGCAUGCACACUCUAAACCCUCCACUAAGAGACAUAGGUCAGAGAGUAAGUCAGGCAAUGAUGGGUUCUCCCUCAGCCGUGGGAAACCUUAACCAGGCCUCACCUGAACCGAGGAUACCAGCAGGGAACUUUACAGAGCCCAGUCCCAGCUCUAGCAGCUACCAUAAUAACAGAACCAACCGUCUGACCUUUGACUUCCUCCCAGAGGGGGACAACACAGUUCCGGGAAUCAAUGCAGACUCAGACUUCAUAGAUUCCCUGCUCAAAUCGGGUUCUGGAAAUGAUGACUGGAUGAAAGAUAUAAAUUUGGAUGAGAUUCUCGGUAGCCACUCGUGAAUUUGGGUCACAAAUGACUAAAAAUGGACCCACAGCUUAGAGCUCGUAGAGGUAUGUAAGGUGAAAAGGAUUACGUUUGUAAGUAAUGUUAAAACGGACUUUUAUAGACUCAUUAUUAUUACCCAGAUAUACUGAAUUGCUUUGUAUUGUAUUUACUGUGAAAAUCAAUUGUGUUCCAAGUACUCUGCGUAUUUCUUCCUGGUGUAUUGGCCAAGAAAUUGCUUUUCUAUGCAGUCACUGUUUUUGUGGUCUGUGCUCUGUGCUGUCUUAUAGAGUAAAAUACAAAAUUCACACUGUGAAAAGAAAAUAUUGCCGUUAUUUUCCUUUUCAUCCUGGUUUGUGUUUCAAAGUCUAGCAUCACGUGGUAUUAGCUUUUCCAGUGUUUUGCUGCCAGACACAAGCGAGCUUGCAAAAGCAUUUUUUCUCCUUUACUUCCUUCUUGUUCAAACCUUUUCAUCUGUGGUAGUUACAGUUUAAAUUAUGUAACCAUUAUUUUUUUCAUGUUAUAUUUAAUAAUUAUUGGAAUAGUAAUUAGACAUUAUAUUACAUGUAAUUAAUAAAAUUUAUUUGACUCAA